AAAUCUUUUGGCAGGUGUGAUGUCACAGGUGUGUGUCACAUGUCACAGUACUCCUUGCUUCACACAUAUAUUUGCACAAGUACAGUGAUCACGCUCUUACUGAUGCAGAACCUAUAAGAUAACCACGGAGAUCACAGGGACAUCACACUACACAACAUGAAUUUACUAGGACUUACCAAAGUGUGGAUCCUAGGAUCCUUACUGCUACUAACUACAGUUAACACAGUUGAAGGUCAGGCAGCCUUCUCACCACUAACAAAUCUGGGCGAUCUCAUUAAGAAGCUACUGAAUGACUUCUCUGCAUUGAUAAAACAGUUGAUAAACAAUAUACAUCCAACUGCAACCCCAACAGUUACUGCAGCAACAAGUGCUUCAACUUUGUUUAGUAGCAAAUCAAGCACUACUAUGUCAGGUUCUACAAGUACUUUAUUAAAGUCUACUACCAAAACAACAUUGUUCAGCACAUUAAUAAUCUCUACAAAAAGCAAAACUACUACUGUUGGAACAGGUUCCACUGUCCAGCCUCUAUCAACCAAUGCAUCAUCAACACAAAGUACUGGGACACAUGGAAGCGCACCAGUUUCCAAAACCAGUCAAGGACUUGUUUCAACAAGUGGCUUACCAGAUGAGUUCAAUACAACUAAUAAGCAUUUAUCUAAUAAUACCAACACACCUCUUGUUUCUGGAUCAUCUGCAUCUACCACAGCAUAUCCUUUUGUUACAACCUCUAGUAAAUAUUCUGUGUCACCACUAGUCACCACAAAGUUCACCACUGGUAGUGUGUCACCAUCAACCAAUAAUAGGGAGACAUCUUCAGUAUCAAAGUUUAGUGGUCAACCAGCGACCACCAAUUAUGUCGAGCAAUCAUUAUUUACAACAACAAAAGUGACGUCUUCGAAUACAGAGAUUAGUAAAUCAGCCACCACAAAAUCUGUUAUUCCCAGUACAGGACUAUACAGUCAGACAGCCACAACCACCAAGCCCUCUUCCACUGUUGGUGUUAGUGGCCAAAGACAGUCAGCCACCACAGGUGCUUCAUCUAAUACCAUACAUUCUAACCAGUAUACAUCUACUUUACCAACUUCCACUAUUGCAGUUAACAGUCAGAAAUCAUCAGCUAUCACAAUAUCUGGAGCAAGCAACCAAACAUCAUCCACUAACUCCACAACAAUUUCAACUAACAGUGUAAUUAGUCACAGUCUACCAACCACUAUAUUAACUUCUCCUUUACCAUCAUCUACAGUUACAGUUGUUAGUAGGCAGCAAACAGCAUCAUCUUCCACUACAAUUGUUGGCAGCCAGCAAACAUACUUAACUACAACAUCUCCUAGUGCAGAGACCAGUAUCAAGGCUACAGCCACCAGGAGCCCCACAGUGUCUUCUACUACAGUUGUUAGUAGCCAGCAACCAACCAUAACUCCAACACCUAACAGUACAGUAACCAGUACCCACGUUUCAGCCAACAGGAGCACCACAUUAUCUUCUAAUACAGCUGUUAGUAGUCAGCAAGCAACCUCAACUACAGCUCCUCCCAGUACAGCAAUUGGUACCCAAGCUACAGCCAGCAGGAGCACCACACUAUCUUCUUCUACAGCUGUUAGUAGCCAGCAUACAGCCUCAACUACAACACCUCUAAGUACAGCAACCAAUACCCAAGCUACAGCUACCAGGAGCACCACAUUAUCUUCUACUACAGCUGUAAGUAACCAAACAGUCUCAACUACAACCCCUCCCAGUACAGUAACCGAUAUCCAAGCUACAGUCACCAGGAGCACCACAUUAUCUUCUACUACAGCUGCAAGUAACCAAACAGUCUCAACUACAACACCUCCCAGUACAGCAACCAAUAUCCAAGCUACAGCCACCAGGAGCACCACAUUAUUUUCUACUACAGCUGCAAGUAACCAAACAGUCUCAACUACAACACCUCCCAGUACAGCAACCAAUAUCCAAGCUACAGCCACCAGGAGCACCACAUUAUCUUCUACUACAGCUGCAAGUAACCAAACAGUCUCAACUACAAAACCUCCCAUUACAGCAACCAAUAUCCAAGCUACAGCAACCAGGAGCACCAUAUUAUCUUCUACUACAGCUGUUAGUAGCCAGCAAACAGCCUCAACUACAACAGCUCCAAGUACAGCGAUCAGUACCCAAGCUACAUCUACCAGGAACCCCAUAUUAUCUUCUACUACUGCUAUUAGUAGCCAGCAAACAACCUCAACUACAGCACCUCCCAAUACAGCAACUGGUACCCAAGCUACAGCCACCAGAAGCACCACAUUAUUAUCUACUACAGCUGUUGGUAGCCAGAAAACAGCCUCACCUACAACACCUUCCAGUACAGCAACCGAUACCCAAUCUACAGCCACCAGGAGCACCACAUUAUCUUCUACAACAGCUGUUAGUAGCCAGCAAACAGCCUCAACUACAACAGCUCCCACUACAGCAACCAGUACCCAAGCUACAUCCACCAGGAACCCCACAUUAUCUACAGUUGUUAGUAGCCAGCAACCAACCAUAACUCCAACACCUACCAGUACCCAAGUUACAACCAACAAGAGCACCACAUUAUCUUCUACUAUAGCUGUUAGCAGCCAGCAAGCAACAUCAACUACAGCAUCUUCCAGUAAAGCAACUGGUACCCCAUCUACAGCCACCAGGAGCACCACAUUAUCUUCUACUGCAGUUGUCACUAGCCAGCAAACAACCUCAACUACAACACCUCCCAGUACAGCAACCAAUACCCAAGCUACAGCCACCAGGAGCAACACAUCAUCUUCAGUUACUGGCACCCCUAACCGAAAUAUAUCAACAUCCUUUACUACAGAAACAAGAAGCCAAACAACCAAUAUGAAAACUACUUCAUCUUCAUCAAGAACAGGCAAUACUUCCUGGCUCAAUUUAGUAAUUUCUCUUGUACUUGGGCUUUAUCUUCACAAGCUCAUGAACCUUGGGAUGUUAACAAGUUCAUGAUGGAGAAACACUGGAAGACAAAGAACAGUUCAUAGAAUCUUUUGCACUGAAAUGCACCUGCCUCUGGAUAUUUCCUUAUCCUGGAUGGAAGUGUAUACAGUAGCUGACAUUUGAAGUUAAUCUAGGAUCACUUAGGAUUACCAAUGAUAACUGUAAAGUGAUUAAAUAUUAUGAGCAGGAGGUCUUUCCUAAGCAAUUCUUAUGUACUUGAUUAAAAAAUAUGUUCCCAAGUUGGAAUCCCAACAUCACCAAGAAGAGACCUUAUCCACUGACAAAUGUUUUUCUAUAUCUGUUGUUUGAUUUUGCAAAUACAUUGUUAAAUCAUG